AGCACCAAUCUAGACCUCUCUAAGGAAAAAAACCUAAUCCCCAAACCUAAAAGGCUUUUCUUCUCUCUUCUUCUUUAUCUUCUUUACAAUAUUUUCUUUGUUUAUCUUUGUUUUUCUUCCUUCACCAUGUCUAAUGAAAACAAAGAUCUAUACAACUACCAAUACCCUUCAUCGAUGUCUUUGUACCAAAUGAUGAAUCUCCCUACUCCAACUCCAUCUUCUUACGGAAACAGCUGUUUCGAUCCAUCUUCGUACUCCUUCACCGAUUGCCUCCAAAGCUCUCCAGGAACGUACGAAUCUCUACUUCAGAAAACUUUUGGUCUCUCUCCCUCUACCUCAGAGGUUUUCAACUCUUCCAUCGAUCAAGAAUCGAACCACGAUGUUACUAAUGACGUAAUCGGUGAGACUCCAACUAGGGUUUCUGCAUCUUCAUCCUCUAGUGAAGCUGAUCAUCCCGGCGAAGACUCCAGUAAAAGCCAUAGGAAACGAGAGUUGGUUGGAGAUGGACGUGAAGAAAAUCAAAGUUCCAAAAAAGUAGGGAAAACGAAAAAGAACGAGGAGAAGAAACAAAGAGAGCCACGAGUCUCGUUUAUGACUAAAAGUGAAGUUGAUCAUCUUGAAGAUGGUUAUAGAUGGAGAAAAUACGGCCAAAAGGCAGUCAAAAACAGCCCUUAUCCAAGGAGCUACUAUAGAUGUACAACGCAAAGGUGCAACGUGAAGAAACGAGUGGAGAGAUCGUUCCAAGAUCCAACGGUUGUGAUUACAACUUACGAGGGUAAACACAACCACUCGAUUCCGACAAAUCUCCGGGGAAGUUCCGCCGCGGCUGCUAUGUACUCCGCUGACUUCAUGACUCCGAGAAGCUUUACACAUGAUAUGUUUCGGUCGUCGGCUUAUACUAACGGCGGUGCUGCGGCGGCGCCUUUGGAUUACGGAUAUGGACAAAGUGUGAAUGGAAACCCUACUUCUCAUCAAGAGUAUCAUCAUGGUGGUGAAUAUGAGCUCUUGAAGGAGAUAUUUCCUUCGAUUUUCUUCAAGCAAGAGCCUUGAUCGAUCAGUGUUACAGCUAUACACUUAUAUAUACUACUUAUAUAUCUAUAUAUAGAGAGGAAGAGAGAUUAUAAUUUCCAUUAUAUAUGUAACUUAAGAUCUUAUUUUUUGUCUCUUAUUGCAUGUACAUAUUUUGUUUUUCAUGAGAGAGUGAGACAGAGAUUGUGCUUAGGAUUAUAUUUGAUGACGAUUAAUGGGUUACUUUAGAUAUAUUUUUCUCUUAGGUAUUUUUUCCUUCUGUCUGUAAAAUCGUUGUUCCUGUUUUGGGUAGU